GUAUUAUAUAUGUAUAUAUGUAAUCUUAUAAUUAAAAAUGACGAAAACAUUGUUAAUAACGAUGUGUAUGUGUUGUUACCCACUUGCAACUGUACAACAAGAUGGACCGGACCCUUGGCACAAUAAAAAUGACGCAAUACUUCAACAAAAGGAGAAUAUUGAUGUUACACCUGAUCUGAGGAUGUCUUUGCCUCAGGUUAGGACUACAGAAUCCGCAAGUACAGGGAUGAGAGACUGGUUCUUUAAACGAAUGCUAGCCAUUAUAUUAAAAGGAGGGCAAUAUAAAAAAAACGAAGACAACUCAGUCGAAGUUUCAGUUCAAAUGCGAUUUGACGAGAGUCAAUGGACCACUUUAAAUGAUUACCUCAAUCCAAAUGUAGCUCUGUCUGAGGAAAUAUUCCGUCGCUCAGUGGGAUAUGUGGAGAAUGCCAUUUACAAGCCUAGUGUUUCAGAAAGAAUAGUUAUGGCGUGGAAUGAUUACAUCCAAUUUUAUUUGGUGGAAUAUAAGAUGGAAAUCACAAUGGCGUUUGGAAUAUUAGCAGCUGCCGGUGUAAUGAUGUGGCUGUGGAAUCAUAUGUCCCAUAAACACUUCAAGAUUAUUGCUUUUAUUGCACUUUAUUUAUAUGAAGUAUUUGUUUCAUACAAAGAGGCUGAGCAACACGAAUUUGAUCGUUACAUGUCAGCAAUUAAUACAUGUAAAUGGUAUUUCUGGUCAUCCACCUGUGAUGUGCCACCUCCCGACCCUAUCAAGUUCUUAAAAUAUAUGAACCCCUUGAAAAUAGGUGUGAGGAUGUUUACUACAAUUAUAUCUGAGCCAAUGAUCACUAUAAGUGCUACGGUGCAGACAAUAAUUCAUGGGAUAACAGAUGGCAUAUGGUUUCCCCUGAAUGUGAUAAUGACAGGUUUAUUAACUGUAGCUUUUACUGUUAUAUUAGUUGUUCUUCUUGUGAUGAUAGUAUUUACCUAUAUACUUAACAUUCCCUUUAAUCUUAGUUUUCUAUGUGGUUUGUUUAGCAUUGGCGUGAAUGAAAAACGUGAUAGGACUAAUACAAGUAACGUAAGCGGGAAUCAAAUACCUAGCAUAGAUGGUGGCGGAGAUCGGAUAAACAGCGCCACUCUAGAUAGGAUAUUAGAUGUAUGCACGCGGGCACUUACUAGUGCACAAAUUAAUAAUACAAGUUCUACUCAAAUCCCACGAAUCCAGGCUGCAAGACCUCUUCAUAUUACUAAUGGAACAAUACCAACAACUUCUUUAAAGAGGUCUUCUAGCACUGGACGAUUGCAAGAGUAUAAAUCUUACCAUCAUGAUUUCGAACUGCCUGUAAUAGAUUCUGUAGUUAGAAAAAGAAAUCAUAGAAAAAGAAAUAAUGGGAAGACAAGAUUAAAUUAUGGCAGUGGUGGCCUUUAAAAUGAAUGGACCUAAAUGAGUGGAACUAGAAGUUAUGUGGGAAUCAAAUUCCGUUUGAUAUUAUAAUUAUUAUAUUAUUAUGUACAGGGCCGUAGGAGACAGGGUGGAAAUAGCAUCAACUAAUAAAAAAUGUAGACUGAAAAAAAUGAUUUACCGGGUCAUAAGAGAUCAAGUAGUGGGUAACAGUUUUUUUAUACCACCAUAUAACAGAGACCCUACCUGGCUACGGCCCUGUUUUAUAGAAUAAGGCAGGUAUAAUAAAAUUAUGUUCGACUAACUCUGUGAUAGUUUUUAAUUAAAAUUGAUACGUUAUUUAUGUUGGCUUUUUAAACCAGUGAUUUGUAAAUGGGCCUUUUUUAUUUAAAGUUGUCCCCCACCAUUAACGUAUAUAUCUAUGGACUAGCCUUACGGGCACUAAAAAUGGUACUAGUUUAGCGGUGUGACUCACGAAUUCCAGCCAAUCGUGCAGUCUAAUGCAACUAGUUGCGACCAAUAGCGCGCGUGAUGCGAACUCAUCAACCAAUCGCGCGCGUGAUGCGAACUCAUCAACCAAUCGCGUUGUACCGGUGUCACACCGCUGUACUGGCCCCUGUCAUGCCUCAUUAUUAUUGUCCGUAAAGCCAGUCCCUAUAUCUAUGUCAAUGUCCCCCACACUUUUUUUUUCAAAAUUGGGAUUUUUAAUGUUAUUUCUACUCGGAAUCAUGAUCUUUUUUGAUCCUAUAAGGAGAAAAAGUGUCCCAUGAUUUCCAUACAUUUUUCGAUUUUUCCAUUCCGAAACCGCCAUACAAAGUCUAUGAAAAAAUGGUAACGGAGUGGAAAAAAACCUUGGGACACUUUUUUUCUUCAUUAGAUAGAUAGAAAGAGCUCGUGAUUCUGAGUAGAAAUAACAUAAAAAAUCCCAAUUUUGAAAAAAAUAAGUCUAGGGGACAACUUUAAAUAAAAUGGCCCAAAUAAUGACUAGGUUUAUUUUUGAAUGAAAUGUAAGUAUGUAAAGUUAAUAAGGUGCACUUUUUUGCAUUUAUAUUUGUGGUUGAACUUUUACUGAAAAUAGCUGGGAGGCUGUUGUGCUAAGGCGCGUACAGAUUGAGAUCUAGCGAAUGUGCGGUUCGCGCCUUGCAUGCGCGCAUCGCUCAGUUUUGCGCGCUAAUUAGCGCAACUCGUGUAACCGCCACAGGGGUCGGCAGCUUGGAUAGGAGGAGGUAAUUGUAAUAUGCGAGCGAGUGGCACGCCACGACGCAGGAGCAGGAGGCCAAUUUGAACUUACACUUUAACAUCAAAAUGAUAUUUAAAUUAUGUAAUUUAGUUAUCAUGCGCACGUGCAUUUCGCUCAGACUUGCCUACACGAAUUAGCGCGAGCGAGACGCACGGGCGAAUGAGAACAUAAUGACAUCAUAUGUAUAUCAUUUUGAUGUCAAAAUGUAAGCUUGAAUUAGCCUCUUGCACGGAAUCGACCGUACCACGUAAUGCACACGUACCAAGAAUCUAACGUUGUCAACUCCUGACUUAAUAAACAGAAAAAAAAAACUGCAUGCACCAUUUCAGAUGAACGUUAAUAACUGUCCUAUCAAAAUAUCUAUUAGCUCUUUUUUCAGCGUUUUCAUUUGGGUAAUCUACUCUAUGGCUUAACUAACUAACUAACUAGGUAUAACUAACUGGCUAAUUCAUUGUUUUAAUGAUAUUUUUGUAAAACUUUUAUAUUUUAAUAAAGUCCUAGUCAAUUUAAUUUUGUCUAUUCAUUUUACAUUGAGCAAUUUCACUACAGACACCAAAUCUCUGUUUACAUCAUAGCUUUGUGAAUAGGUUUCAAACAGGUUUCAAAAG